AUGACAUGCCAAUCCUGUGUCAACACUAUUGAAGGAAAAAUAGGCAAAAUUCACGGUGUCCAGAAAAUUAAAGUAUCUCUUACAAACCAAGAAGCUGUUAUUGUAUAUCUGACUCCCUACAUUGAACCAGAGGUUCUCAGAAGUUGUAUUGAUGGCAUGGGAUUUACUGCUUCUUUUAAGGGCAAAUCAGAUUCCUCAAACCUUGGAAAAAUUGACAUUAAACAUCUGCAGGAUAAUUCUUCCCAACUUAAUCUACAGGUUCCCGACACCUGUCCCCCGGAAAACUAUGAAACUAUGACUCUUGCAAUUGAGGGCAUGCACUGUAAAUCUUGUGUUCACAAUAUUGAAGGAAACAUAUUGGACCUUGAUGGAGUAUUAAGUAUCAAGGUUUCUCUUGAGGACAAAAAUGGAAUUGUGUGUUAUAAACAAAAUGUUAUUACCUUGGCUGCCUUAAAGGAAGCUAUUGAAGCACUUCCUCCUGGUAAAUUUAAGGUUACACUGCCAGUAGGAGUAGAACAGAGGCUUGUAUCAAAAAGUAAAUCUAACUUUGGACCAUCAACUAAAUGCCAACGAAUGAUCGCAAACACUGCAUUGAUAAGCAUUGGUGGAAUGACAUGUGGGUCAUGUGUCUCAACAAUCGAAAACAUGAUCACACAGAGGAAAGGAAUAUACAAUAUAUCUGUUUCUUUAGAUAAAGCAAUUGGGAAAGUCCAUUACAAUCCAUCUGAAACAAAUGCAGAGGAAAUACGUGCUGCUAUUGAAGACAUGGGAUUUGAUUCUACACUAGUUUCUGGUACGUUUUACAGGGCUUAAUAAUUCAACAUUUUAAAAAAUAUUUUUCCUUUUUUUUUACAUAUAUACUUGUAUUCCUGAGUAUACAUAAAAUUGCCAUCCUUGUGAUUGAUUAAAAACAUGAUUGCCAUAUAGAAUGUGCAUGACUGUGCUGGGCAGGUUAUUCUCCAAAAACACCGCUGUACAUCAUAUCAUGAGCUAGGUUUCUAUGAAUAUGUAGUUCACUUGCUUGCUUUAUACAGUCAGAAGGUAACCAUUUAACUACAACCCCCUGGAUUCCCUUCUCACUGUAUAAAAUGCACAGCAUGGGGAUUUGACUAUAAUGUAGAAUCUUCAGAUGUGAGCAUAGUUUAGAUUUUUUAAAAUAUAUUGUUAAGAAGUUCUCCAACCACCAUAACCACUAAUCACGGUAAGAACCUGGGUCCUGCCAGGUGACCACCACCAUCUUCCUUGCUGCCUUGAACUUCCAUUUAGCUCUACUAAGUAAACUCAGCCUGCAAGGCUGACAAGACUGAGCUUAGUGGUAGGGCUUCUGGCAACAGGGGAGGUAGUGGUUGGCCCCCUGCCAGGACCCAGGUAGGACAUGUUCAAACUGUUCUUAAAAACCUUGACUAUUUACUCUUGGAGGGCACCAGGGCACUCCGGACACCAUAAGUGCGGCAUGGAUGUAGUGGAUAUGGUGCUUGUAAUAUUCCUUUGAUUUAGCAUUUGAGCAAUAAAUUUAACAUACCUACCAACAUUUCACAUGGGCAAAUAGGGAUAUUUUCAUUGUAGGGGUGUGAAUGAGGGUGUGAUCAGAUGUGGGUUGUUCUUUAAAAACUUAGGUGACUUGCUAAUAAAAAUGUAUGUAACUAAAAUGUGCUUUAGAACAAGAACUACACAUUUAUUGCUAUUUAAAGACAUAUUACUAAUACGCAGACACAACAAUAAUAUGGAGCUCCUAGAAUAGAGAGACCUUAAAAUAGAAAAGAUAGACAAAUGGGUGUAGGCCCAAAAUAAUGAAUGUCCCUCCUAAAUAGGGACAGUUGGGAGGUGUGAUUUAAAAUAACGGGUCAAUUCCAACCUGUAAUGUCUUUUUACAGUUGGAGGCAUGAUUGCUGCAAUGAUGUUUUUUUUGUAAUAGACAACCCUAUUUAUUUCUUUUUUCUAAUCCCAUGAUGUCAUUAAGGCAUUUCAUUCUUUUCUGUGAUCACACUAACCUUUAGCAGACUGAAUUUCACUGUUCUGUAAUGCAAUGUGUCUUCUCCGUGAGAAUGGCAAGAGGAAGUGAUGCCACAUAGUUUAGGACGAAGGAAGAGUAUGGAUUUGAUAAAGUUUAGUAUAUGUGAUGCAAAUUAUCCUGUUUCUUUAUAUAACUCUGAUGCACAAAGUAAUUUUGGAUAUUGCAGAUACCUUAUCAUCAAGCAGCUGUCACCAGACCUCCUACAGAACACUUCAAACCAAUCCGAUUCCCCCUAAAACUGAACGCAAAACAGAUUCUACCAGUGACUAUAUUUUGGAUGUUCUUCCCAAAAAAUCUCACGCAGAUGUUUCAGCCGUGGACAGUGACACUCCACCCCAGAAGUGCUUUAUACAGAUCACUGGAAUGACUUGUGCUUCCUGUGUGUCUAACAUUGAGAGGAAUCUGCAGCGCAAACAUGGUGAGUCGAUCAGCUGCCUCAAUUAGUCUCAAAACAGGGAAUAAAUAAAAAUGAAACUUUAUUAUGGGAAAAUGCCAUAGAGGGAUCAUUUAUACAUCAACAUAAACCAAACAUCAACAUAAGACCAAAAGUAUGUCACUGUAAUUUCUUCAUCCUUAAAGGGUUACUCCAAACACUAUCACCACUAAAGUGAUUGAAAGUGGUCAUCAUGCUUGGAGUCGGUAUGUGCAGCAUUUCACUGCCAGAGGUAGUGUAACUUGACCUAUGGUACCAUCAUUGGGGCCUCAUUGACCUAAUGUCCCAGGCUGACUAAUUUCAUAUUCAAUUUUUGGCAUCAGUACUAACGGCAUGCUGGCAAUAGAUGUCCAACAGAGCACCCCUCUUGAUUCCACCCAUGUCCUCCCCUUGGCCUGCACUUCUUGACAUCCCAACCUCUGCCUCUUAACUAGAAAGAUACUGAAGUCACACCUGGCACUGUCACUUUUUGAAGUUCCUUCGACAGCGGUAUGCAACCUUCGGCACUUCAGAUGUUGUAGGCUACAUCUCCCAUGAUGCUCUUACAGCCAUAUUGCUGGCACAGCAUCAGGCAGUGGCGUACACAAGAUCCAUAGGGGCCCCGGUGCAAAAAUUGAUCCAUGGCCCCCCCAGCGUACUUACUCUGCGCGGACCGGUGCCGCUACAGAUGGCGGCGGGCACCUGGUUGUAGGGCUGCCAGUGCAUGCAGAUACACUGAAAGGACCGCUAUAGGCCCUCAGAUCACCUCAGCUCAAUGAAGUGGUCUGGGUGCCAGGUCCCUCUAGUUUUAACCCUGCACUCCCCUGAGUGCUCUCUGUCCGGCUCCCUCGCGCUGCUUACUGAUGCCGGAGCCGGAAUAUGACGGCAAAUUGAAGCCACUGCCAGUCAUGGGGGGCCCUGAGGUGGCCAGCUCCUGGGCCCCCCAGGAGAACAGGCUGGCAAAAUGUGGCCACACUGCUACUGGCAUGCAUACGGGUCGCAGAGCGACCCCGGUAUAUACGCCACUGGCAUCAGGGGACAUGUAGCCUACAAGAUCUGGAGUGCUGAAGGUUUCAUACCCAUGUCAUACCAAUGUCUUAUGAAUUACCAAGUAAAGCAACUGCAGAAUCUCUGCCAUACAUAAUGUUAUCAGACAUACUUAUCUGUUGUCUCCUAUAAAUUUAUAAUGACCAGUGCAGGAGCUCGGGCCCUAAUUCUCAAGGUACCUGACAGUAUGGCUAGGUUCUCUGUCAAAGUGCUUUUAAAGUAGCUCUUUUAUCUCAAACUUACCUUUCUCCUACUGUUACGCUUCUCUUCCUCUUUUGGGAUCUGUUAUUUUUUCUUUAUUUCUGAUCUAUUUCUCUUUCAAACAAAAGACAAAGUAGGGACUACUUUGUAUUAUUUAUUUUUCCCAAGCUUGACAAUCUUGACAAAGAGUGGAGCUUAAGGCAAACUUUUUUGUUAGCUUGAGAAAGGAAGUGGAGCUCCCCUUAAAGGACCACUAUAGGCACCCAGACCACUUCAGCUUAAUGAAGUGGUCUGGGUGCCAGGUCCAUCUAGGGUUAACCCUGCCUGCUGUAAACAUAGCAGUUUCAGAGAAACUGCUAUGUUUAUAAUAGGGUUAAUCCAGCCUCUAGUGGCUGUCUCAUUGACAGCCGCUAGAGGCGCUUCGGCGCUUCUCACUGUGAUUUUCACAGUGAGAAGACUCCAGCGUCCAUAGAAAAGCAUUGCGAAUGCUUUCCUAUGUGACUGGCUGAAUGCGCACGCGGCUCUUGCCGCGCAUUCAGCCUAUGACGUCAGAAGAGGGAGGAGAGUCCCUUGAGGGAGCCCGGCGCUGGAAAAGGUAGGAAUUUAAUUUCUUCCUCCCCCUAGACCCUGGCGGCAGGGGGGCCCAGAGGGUAAGGGGGACCCAAGGACCCUAUAGAGCCAGGAAAACGAGUAUGUUUUCCUGGCACUAUAGUGGUCCUUUAAACUCCACCCGUUGUCAAGUGUAGGAACAAUACAUAAGACAAAGUAGCAAUUUGUUUUAUGUUUUAAAGAGAAAUUAAGAAAUUAUUAAGAGAUUCUGAAAAAAGGAAGAGAAGAGGAAACAAUAGGAGAACGGUAAGUUUGAGGUGUCAGAGCCACUUUAAUGUACUUUUCGUCUCUCUUUCUCUGUGUCCCUUCUAUAGGUAUCAUUUCGGUGCUAGUGGCAUUGAUGGCAGGUAAAGCGGAAGUCAGGUACAAGCCAGACAAAAUUCAACCACAUGAAAUAGCACAACUAAUAGACAACCUUGGAUUUGGUGCCACUGUGAUGGAAGAUAGCAUGGCUACGGACGGCAGUGUAGAGCUGAUUGUGAGUAUGAAGGUUUGAACAUUCCAUGUUGUCCAACAUGCCUUACUUUAUACAGUGAAGAUGAUACACAUAUAUAACUAAACACACCUAUACUUUCUCAAGAGAACUGACUGACUUUUUUUUAAGGAAAGUGUUGAGCUUGCAGUUGUCUGUAAUAAGAGAUAAAAAAAGCAUAGUUUAUAUUUUAAUUUCAAGCAUUAAAAAAAAUAUGUGCACUGCACUUUCUUAUUUGAUUUGGAAAUUUAAAGCAAUACAGUUUUCAUGCUAAUGGCGUUCAGGCCUAUCAAACUGGAUCUAAUCCCCAAUCAUGAAAAAAGCCACAGCUAGGGCAUCUUUGACAUUCUUACAUUUAUGCUAUUUAAAACAGUAGAGCAAUAGGAAAUCAAAUAUCUGUUUUUAUUGUUAUAUUUCCCGUUUAUAUUGAACUAUCAAACAUUGUAUUCUAUACUGCUAUUUGCUAAUCAUUACUUUUCUGAAUAGCGAUCAGUGCAAGGAGCUCUCCCAGCUCCAUCCAGGAGAGAUGGGAGGGCAUAGGAGUCUUGGUCACUUCAUCAUAUAAGCAUAUCAUCUGCUUCUCCAGAGAGUUAUUCCUUUGCAUACAUCACAGCCAUUGCAUUGCAGAUUCUAACUUAAACAGCUAUUUUCCUUUCUUCUGUAUAACUAUUACCAAUUCUGGCAGGAUUGCCAAGCUGAACCUCUCUAGCUGGUACCAAAUAUUUAAUUAACAUUUUCCUGGGCAGUCUCUGAACCUAAUGUUUUUCUAGAAGACUUAUUAAUGCACCAAUCAUUAAAAAGGUUUAAUGUUUUGUAUUGUAAGGUUUAAUUUAAUCGUUUUCCUGAAUUUUCUGAAUACUUAACUCGCUUCAAAGCUAAUAAAAUCUAACUUAUACAUAAAGAUUGCAGGAAUGACCUGCGCGUCAUGUGUUCACAAUAUUGAAUCCAGACUGAAGAGGAUAACAGGCAUUUUGCAUGCCUCUGUCACUCUUGCUACUUCAAAAGCCAAAGUCGAGUUUGAAUCAGACAUUAUCGGCCCACGAGACAUCAUCCAAGUUAUUGAGGUAUGAAAAAUUAGAUUUACAUUUGUCAUACGUCCUGGCCACCAGGUUGCUGAUAAGCAAACCAUGUUGUAAACCUGUUAUAAACUAUUAUUAUUGUUUUUACUAUUGUUCACAUUUAUGGAGCACCAACUCAUUCCGUAUUGUCUUACAAUUAUACAAUGAGGAUAUAUAACAGCAAAUGAAGACAGACUAAAUACAUGUUGUCAGAUAAAAGAAAUGAAAGGGGCUUUGCUCAAAUCAGCUUACAGUAGAAGAGAAGAUGGGAGAAAAAAAAAAGAGAAGAGACAGAAGAACAUGUCCGAGGGCAGGAGAGGUUGGUAGGUAGAAGAUGACUGUAGUGGAGUGAGGGAUGUGUGGAGGGACAACAGGACUGUUGAAACAAGAGAAAUUACUCAGGAAGGUAAACUGUCUGAUAGAGAUGAGUUUUAAGGGUCAUAAAACUUAAAGGGUCUUAAACGGCCAGAGGGCAGGACAAUGUGUGAUCGGACGAGGUAGGCCCUCGAGAAAUCUUGUAAGAUCUAGUAAGAAUUAGCAAUGUGGAAAUAAACAGAGGACUGAAUACGUUCGCUAACAGAACAUAAAUGGAGUUUAUUUGGGAAUUAAAGUGGAAACAUAAUGGAGGGUGUAAUUGUUGAGGGCUUUGAAUUUUAGUGUAACCAGUUUAAAAUGGAUCCAAAAGGGUACGGGAAACCAGGGCAUGGACAGGCAAAGGGGUGGGUGUAAGAGUAGCAGUGAGUGAGGAUAAGUCUUGAGGGACCAUUUUAUAAUAUAGAUUGUAGUGGGGCUAUGUGAGCAUUGGGAAAAGCCAAUGAGGCGCUAGUUGCAGUAGUCAAGAUGUUAAAUGAUAGGUGGGACACCAGUUGGUGUUUCUCUACUAUUAGCAAUAUUGGGGGUGCCAGCAAAUGAGUCUGGCCACAUUCCUAAAUUAGCCUAUAAGAUCUUAGCUGCAGCUUGAUAGUGUAUAUUACACCAUUGUAUUAAUUAUCAUUGCUUCAUACAAAAGUUUCCUUUUUUUUAAAAUUUUAAAUGAAUUGGAUUGAAGCCUCAUUAAACAAAAAGUACUUUGGAAAAAAAUAAUUAUUGCUUGGCAGCCAUAUGUUCACUCUUUAGAUAGGUCUAUCUAGUUGAAAAUCAAAUCUACUUUUGAAUUCUCAGACUGGUAUCUAGAGUAUCUAGGCAGAUCCCCCAUAGUAUCAACAAAACCAAUCUCUUAAUGCAGGGGCAUGAUCUAUACACUAAAACCGCUUCAUUAAGCUAAACUUGUUCUGAUGCUUAUAUUAUCCCUUUAACUGACCAGCUGCAACAUUGAGGACUCGUUCGUACCAUGAUAUCCCUUUUUCUCAUCUUUGAAUUGUGAUAAAACAAUUACAGACAAUAGUGUUGUCAAUGCUGCGUGUUAUAGUCAAAGCAUUGGUACUUUAAUUGCUUUAAAGUAAUGUUGUUUCCAUGUCUGUAGUCUCAAUGUUAUUAUUACUUAGUGGUACUAAUUUUAUUGAUCUGAGAAAUAUGGAAUGUGAAUUGACCUUGCUGGGAAUCAAACUUGACAUUCUGAUAUACUACAAUUGGAGCACUAACAAUUAUACAGCAAUAUCUUAUAUUCUCACAUUGACAGGACAUUGGAUUCCAUGCUUCUUUGGCCAAAAGAGACUCAGCUGCACAUAAUCUGGACCACAAAGCCGAAAUUAAACAGUAA